AUGGAGCAAUGGUCAGCGGCGCAGUCCAAUGUGCACGCGGUCCCUGUCGUCACUUCUGGACUUGGCAGCUCUUCAACUGGCACGCAAGCACCUGAGCGCCACACAACACCUCGUCACCGUCGAGGUGACGGAGGCGCACGCGACAGAUGCCGUCCGGUGGCGCCGGCCGUGUGGGGAGAUUCGGUGGCCAAAUUUUGGUUCGGAGAGCAGCGGCGGUCCCUAUGUCAAGGUCGUAAUGCCGAUCCGGUGGACUGCUUUGGACCACCACAUCUGAGCGCCUUCCACUCGGUGGGAAGUCGUCUGUUUCGUGUCAGGACCUACCAUGCAGCCUAUUUGAGGAAUCUUCAAAUUUUCCCUCGCGUCGUCACAUUUCGAGCACAUUCAGGUGAAUAUCGGGCGUGCGAUCAUGAUUUCCGAGCUGGGAACGGGAGCGUCCAGAUUGUGAGGCAGACCCGACAUGUCCCUGUGGCGCCAUACUUUAUUCGGUCAAAGCCAGAAAUCACCUGGCAUGGGUUACAAUACGACGAAGAGUUCAUCAUAGCCAUCAUAGAUGUCGGGUUUGGAACUCUCAACUAUCUUCUGACGGGUGCUGCACGAUUACGAGCCAUCGGAGAACUUCGCCCAGAGCCGAAUCCGAUGGUGGUGGCUGUGUUUCGCAGAUCAAAAGGAUCAUCGCUGAAAAUGGGGCGAGCCGACGACUUUGAUAUUUCGAAGUUCAUGCUCGACAACGACCUGGCUGAC